UUCUCCUCCGGAGUCAGGACUCAGGACUACUUCAAAUUCCCUAUGGAUUCUCCUUCCACAACCAUCACCUCCGUCCAUCCGGACAUCAUUCAGACCCAUAUCCUCACCCGUCUCGACGGUCCCACUCUCGCCGCCGCUGGUGCCGCCUCCUCACAGCUACAUGCGCUCGCCACUGUAGACAAGCUCUGGAGGGACAUAUGCACCUCCACCUGGCCUUCGCUAAAUGACCCAACCCUCCAAGCCCUCGUCUCCGCCUUCCCCGGUGGCCACCGCUCCUUCUUCUCCGACUCCUACCCCCUCCUCACCCACCCCCUCGACCAGUACCACGGCCAGUCCCGAAAAAUUCCCCCCACUACUUCGUCUCCCACGUCGGAGCUCAUCUCCGCUGUGGAUAUUCACUACAAAAAUAGCCUCAUCUUCUCCAAGGUCGAAGUCACCGAGACGGUCACCGGAUGGUUCCAGUGCUCGCCCUUCCGUGUCGACCUCCUCGACCCAAAAGACACGGUGCCGACUCCUGUACAGUACUCCGUCGCCGGCGAUUACAAGUGGCUUAGCCACCUCGAAGAUACCCUCACCCUGAACUGGAUCCUCAUCGACCCAACCCGGAAGCGAGCGGCGAACCUCUCGAGCCUGAGGCCAGUCUCGGUGAAGCGGCACUGGUUGACCGGAGAAGUUCAGGUACGAUACGCAACGGUGGUGGGCGGCGAUCGGACAGUGGGUUCGGAGGUAGUGCAGUGUGGGAUAGUGGUGACAUGCGCAGGGAAAGAGGGAGGAGAGAUGCAGGUGAGGGAAGUGAACUUACAGGUGGAGGACAUGGAAGGAAGGCAUCUGAAUGGGAAGGAGAGUUUGGUAAUUUUGCAGGAGGCAUUAGAGAAUGGUAGGAGAAAGAUAGCGAAGGGAGAGGAAGGGAAAGCGAGGUACGAGAGAUACUUGGAAAUGAUGGGAGAGAGAAGGGAGAGACGAUUGAGGAGAGAGAAAACUUUGGACAUGGUCUGCAUUGCCCUUGGUGUCACCAUUUUUCUGAGCUUUUGGUCAUACUUUCUAUUCAGAUAGAAAUGUAAAUAUAUGAUUGGGGAUACAGUUACAGCCUAUGAAAAUUGAAAAGAAGAGAAAGAAAUGAAUGAAUUAUUAAUUAUUGUAUCGAUUUAAUUAAUUUUUUUAUUAGGAAAUGAUAUGCUAAAGAAAGGACGGCUGUUGUCUUAUUUGAUUGUAACAAUUCUUGUGGAAUAUAAGAGAAGACCCAUUUUUAAUUUUA